AGGAGGAGGAGGAUGAAGAUGAUGAUGGCGGUGUUGGAGGAGCAACGUUGAGUUCGCUCUCCCCCCUCCCCCUUUUUCCCACUCCUGCCUUUUUUUUAUUUUGAUAACAUUUAAAACACAUAAUAGCGACAUAAGAGAUAACACCGCCGACUUGACCUGAUACCGUUCGCCGCCUCCCUCCUGUCUCCCUAGCCGAGACCGAGAUGGGGAACGAAGCGAGCAUGGAGGGCGGCGGGCAGCCCGGUGAGCCUGGAUCCGCCGUGAUGAUGGGAACAGCGAUGCCCGGAGGACCCGCAGCUGGACCAGGGACAGGACAGCACAUGAAGCCGGUGAACGGAACCGCUGCCGGCGGAGGGAUGGGAGUAGGAGGCCCCGGGAUGGAGAUGACAAGGGGCCAAAUGGGUAGCCCCAAGCCUGCCAUGCAACAAGGAGGACAUGGAGGAGGAGGGAUGGGAAGAAUAGGAGGAGGAGGAAUGGGAGGAGGAAGAGUAGGGGGAAUGGGAGGCGGAGGAGGA